CAACUUCCGUUCUAUCUCCCCAGUUUUUUUCUAAGCACUGUUUCCUGCUCUGUUGUAGAGAAGCGCAUGCCACAUACGGCGUUUGAGCCCACUGGAGGCCUAGCUUGGGGUUGCUCUGAUCUGAGAGCGCGGCCGCGGGAGGAUGGAAGGUCCCCCGGAGGGGGUUGCGCCGGCGGCGGCAGUAGCCGCUGUGCUGAAGCACAGCUCGGCGCUUCCGACUGAGAGCGCCCAAGUCCGGGGUUAUGAUUUCAACCGUGGCGUGGACUACCACGCGAUGCUGGAAGCUUUCGGCACCACUGGUUUCCAGGCUACCAACUUCCGACGCGCGGUGCAUCAAGUCAACGCCAUGAUAGAGAAGAAGCUGGAGCCUCUACCCCAGGAUGAAGACCAGCACGGAGACCUGACCCAGAGCCGCCGCCCACUCACUGGCUGCACUAUUUUCCUUGGCUACACAUCCAACCUAAUCAGUUCAGGCAUCCGUGAGACCAUCCGUUAUCUUGUGCAGCACAAUAUGGUGGAUGUCUUGGUGACUACUGCUGGGGGCGUGGAGGAGGAUCUCAUCAAGUGCCUGGCGCCCACAUACCUGGGCGAGUUCAGCCUCAGGGGGAAGGAGCUACGUGAGAACGGGAUUAACAGGAUCGGGAACCUGCUGGUGCCCAAUGACAAUUACUGCAAGUUUGAGGACUGGCUGAUGCCCAUUCUGGACCAGAUGGUGCUGGAACAGAACACAGAGGGUGUGAAGUGGACGCCUUCCAAGAUGAUUGCCCGGCUCGGCAAGGAGAUCAACAACCCAGAGUCAGUGUAUUACUGGGCCCAGAAGAACCAUAUCCCUGUAUUGAGCCCUGCACUCACUGAUGGUUCACUGGGCGACAUGAUCUUUUUCCAUUCCUACAAGAACCCGGGCCUGGUCCUGGACAUCGUGGAGGAUCUGAGACUCAUCAACACUGAAGCCAUCUUUGCCAAGCGCUCUGGCAUGAUCAUCCUGGGCGGGGGUGUGGUCAAACACCACAUUGCAAAUGCCAACCUCAUGCGGAAUGGGGCUGACUAUGCAGUCUACAUCAACACAGCCCAGGAAUUUGAUGGCUCUGACUCUGGUGCCCGGCCGGAUGAAGCUGUUUCUUGGGGCAAGAUCCGGGUGGACGCAAAGCCUGUCAAGGUCUAUGCUGAUGCCUCCCUGGUCUUCCCCCUGCUCGUGGCUGAAACCUUUGCCCAGAAGAUAGAUGCCUUCAUGCCUGAGAAGAAUGAGGACUGAGAGCUGUGGCUUCCCCCUAUUUAUUAGUUUGCAGACCUGGCCCUUCCCUCACUCCUUGGUCAGUAGCAUGUCUGGAAUAAAUGGUCUCAGUGGUC